AUGGCGGCAGUAGGCUGUGUGCAGAGCGUCUGCACCUGGCGCUACCAUCUGCGCCAUCUGCGCCAGGCUCGCGAGAACUCCGCCCUCAGAGGAGACCCUAUCAAGCAGCCCCGCCCACCACCAGUCCGGAGCACUUGUGCCCUGGAGCUCAAGCUCCCAGGUCUGUGUUCUCUUAUCAAAGGGGCAGAGCGCUGGAGAAAGGGCAUGCAUUUGUGGAGCCUGGUGCUGGGGGAGCUGUCCAUGCAGGUACUUGGCACGGUGGGAGCCAUGUGCUGCAGGAGCAGAAGGCUGGAGAAGCUGCUGAUGUUGCCGGAGCCAGGCACCAGCAUAUGCAUGCUUUCACAGCCCACCUGA